UGGGUAGCUCUUUAACCAAAAUUACUGAUAAAAACUCUCUCUUCGUCUCAGGCACCGAACUGCUCAGUCAAGAGCUGUGUGAAUUACGUCACAGAUACACCUGUUCUUCAUUAACCUCUGCACUAGUUUCCAAAAUUGAAUGAUGAUCAUAUUAUUGUGGUGCAUUAAUUCCAACUAUUUGUAUCUCAUGGACUCUUUCCUUAACACCAUCACUCCAUUUGAGUACUUGAUUCUUGCCACCAUUAUAGCAAACUGCAUUGUACUGGGUUUAGAGCAACAUUUACCAGCUUUAGACAAGACACCCAUGUCAAAGCGACUGGAUGACACUGAACCCUACUUCAUCGGAAUAUUUUGCUUUGAGGCCGGGAUCAAGAUCAUCGCUCUAGGCUUUGCUUUUCAUAAAGGCUCCUACCUCCGCAAUGGGUGGAAUGUUAUGGACUUUGUUGUCGUGUUGACAGGGAUUCUGACCGUAGUGGGGCCAGACUUUGAUUUGCGGACACUCAGGGCAGUAAGAGUCUUGCGGCCACUCAAACUGGUGUCUGGAAUUCCAAGUCUCCAAGUGGUUCUGAAGUCCAUCAUGAAAGCAAUGGUUCCUCUGCUUCAGAUCGGCCUUCUGCUCUUUUUUGCCAUACUCAUGUUUGCCAUCAUUGGCCUAGACUUCUACAUGGGCAAGUUUCACCGCACCUGCUUCAGAAACGAUACUGGGGAACAGGCAGCUGACUUUCCAUGUGGAUUGGAACCUCCAGCUCGGGUGUGUGAAGGUGACACAGUUUGUAGGGAAUACUGGACUGGUCCAAACUUCGGUAUAACAAAUUUUGACAACAUCCUGUUCGCUGUGCUCACCGUCUUCCAGUGCAUCACUAUGGAAGGAUGGGUGGACAUCCUUUACAAUGCCAAUGAUGCCUCAGGGAACACCUGGAACUGGCUCUACUUCAUCCCUCUCAUCAUCAUCGGCUCUUUCUUUAUGCUCAACUUGGUUCUGGGGGUGCUGUCAGGGGAGUUUGCAAAGGAGCGAGAGCGUGUGGAGAAAAGGCAGGAGUUUCUGAAGCUUCGCAGACAACAGCAGAUCGAGAGGGAGCUGACCGGCUACCUGGAGUGGAUCUGUAAAGCAGAGGAAGUAAUGCUUGCUGAAGAAGAUAAAAAUGCAGAGGAGAAGGAGGAUGGUGCCUGGUACAAGAGGAAAUGCAACAACCCAGUAUUGAAGAGAGCCAAAAAGAGCAAAAAUGACCUCAUCAAUGCAGAGGAAGGAGAAGACCACUUCACUGACAUCUCAUCAGUCGUCCAUCUCUCCCCAGCUCCCCAGGGCUCUCCAUUCACCCGUACAAGCGUGAAGAGCAGCAAGAAUGAGAGCUCUUCAUACUUCCGCAGAAAAGAGAAGAGGUUUCGCUUCUUCAUCCGCCGUAUGGUGAAGGCUCAGAGCUUCUACUGGACGGUUCUGUGUAUAGUGGGACUGAACACAUUAUGUGUGGCUAUAGUUCACUACGACCAGCCCGACUGGCUCACAUAUGCACUGUAUUUGGCGGAGUUUGUGUUCCUUGGUCUGUUUCUAAUAGAGAUGAGUCUGAAGAUGUAUGGCCUCGGGCCCAGGACCUACUUUCACUCCUCAUUUAACUGUUUUGACUUUGGGGUGAUUGUAGGUAGCAUUUUUGAGGUGAUUUGGGCAGCAGUGAAACCAGGAGCCUCUUUUGGCAUUAGUGUGUUGCGAGCGCUGCGUUUGCUGAGGAUAUUCAAGGUUACCAAGUAUUGGAACUCGUUAAGGAAUCUGGUGGUGUCUCUGCUCAACUCAAUGAAGUCCAUCAUCAGCCUCCUGUUCCUGCUGUUUCUCUUCAUUGUAGUGUUUGCUCUGCUGGGAAUGCAGCUCUUCGGUGGACAGUUUAAUUUUGAAGAUGAGACCCCGACCACCAACUUUGACACAUUCCCAGCUGCUAUCCUGACAGUGUUUCAGGUUCUGACAGGAGAAGACUGGAAUGCUGUGAUGUAUCAUGGAAUUGAAUCCCAGGGAGGAGUGCACCGGGGAAUGUUCUGCUCCGUGUACUUCAUUGUGCUCACACUCUUUGGAAACUACACUCUCCUCAAUGUCUUUUUGGCCAUCGCUGUUGAUAAUCUCGCCAAUGCACAGGAACUCACCAAGGAUGAGGAGGAGCAGGAGGAGGCCAUCAGUAAGAAACUGGCUCUGCAGAAAGCCAAGGAGGUAAAGGAGGUCAGCCCCAUGUCGGCCGCUAACAUUUCCAUCACAGCUUUUAUAAGGCCAAAUCCUGGUGCUCUUUCAUGCAGCUCCUCCAACUCCAGCUCUCAUUCACCUAAAGAACAGCAGCGUUCUCUAAAGAUGAUGUCCGUGUGGGAGCAGCGCACCACGCAGAUUCGGAAGCACAUGCUGGCUAGCAGCGAGGCAUUGUACCAAGAGGAACUCAACCCCCGGCUGACCUCCAACCUUCACCUCCGCCCUGACAUGAAGACCCACCUGGACCGACCUCUGGUGGUGGAACCUCGUUGCGAUGGUCCCAUCAGUCCCCACAGAGGCUGGGACAAACCCCAGGACUUGCAAGGGGAGGGCGGCACACCAGAGGAACAAGUCCACCCUGUGAUGGAGCCAUCACAGUCACAGCCACCACGCAAACACCACCGACACAGGGAGCGUCCCUCCAAUGAGACCAAUGAAAACGGCGACACAGGUCAUGGCAAAGAAGGCCGGCAUCAUGUGCAUCACAGCCGCAGUAAGGAGCACGAUGGGACACGGUGUAAGGAGGGGAAGAGUGACAGGAGCCAGAGCAGAGAGGGGGGCCACAGACAUCACCAUCAGAGCUCAGUGGAUGAGGGAGUGGGAGGUGGGGAGCGAGAACAUCGUCACCAUCACUCUCAUAGGCAUAGCAGAGAGGGCAAUGGAGUAGUCAGUGCAGGGAAGAGUGAACGGCGGUCCAGGCAGAAGGAUGGCUCACGUUCAGGAACAAGGGAGGGGGAGAGGUGCUCCAGGGGUGAAAAUGGAGGUAAUGGAGGGAGGAGACGGCACAGACCACGUACCAGUAAAGCUCAGUCGACAUUGGAAGGAGAAGAGCAACAAGGGAAUGGAGAGCAGGAGGAGGACAAGUCACACAGUCAUAGGCACAUGGACAUGGGCGGAGAUUCAUUGGCUAUAAACCCCCAUCAACCUUCAGGUAGGAACCGAUGGUGUCUUGAUAAUCCAGAAGACUUGGACAAUAAACAGAAUAUUGAACAGACUGGAGGAAUGGGCACACACAUACCCGUGACCGUCACGUCUCCCCCUGGAGAAACCACCCUUAUUCCCAUGAACAGUAUAGACAGUGAGACAAUGCCCAUGACUGAGAAGAAUCUGGAGGAUCUGAACCAGAGCAGCCCUCGUCCCAUCCUCCCUUUCAGCUCUAUGUUCAUCUUCAGCCCAACCAAUCCGGUGAGACGUCUGUGCCACUACAUUGUGAGCCUGCGCUAUUUUGAGAUGUGUAUCCUGGUGGUGAUUGCCAUGAGCAGUAUAGCCCUGGCUGCAGAAGACCCAGUCCAAGCCAAUGCCCCUCGUAACAAUGUCCUGAAGUAUUUGGACUAUGUCUUCACUGGUGUCUUCACAUUUGAGAUGGUCAUUAAGAUGGUGGAUUUAGGUUUAUUGCUGCAUCCUGGUGCCUACUUCAGGGAUCUGUGGAACAUUCUGGACUUCAUUGUGGUCAGUGGUGCACUGGUGGCAUUCGCAUUCUCAGGAACCAAGGGAAAAGACAUCAGCACUAUCAAGUCCCUGAGGGUGUUGCGAGUCUUGCGACCACUGAAGACCAUUAAACGUCUACCCAAACUGAAGGCCGUGUUUGACUGUGUGGUGAACUCCCUGAAGAACGUGUUGAAUAUCCUCAUUGUCUACAUCCUGUUCAUGUUCAUCUUCGCUGUCAUUGCUGUGCAGCUCUUCAAGGGCAAGUUUUUCUACUGCACAGACGAGUCCAAAGGCCUGGAGAAAGACUGCAGAGGGCUGUUCUUGGAUUACGAUAAGGAUGAAGUGGAAGCCCAGCCCAGGGAAUGGAGGAAAUAUGAGUUCCACUACGACAAUGUGCUGUGGGCAUUUCUCACUCUCUUCACCGUUUCUACUGGAGAGGGUUGGCCAACGGUUUUGAAGCACUCUGUAGAUGCCACUUUUGAGGAGCUGGGUCCCAGUCCUGGCUACCGCAUGGAGAUGUCCAUCUUCUACGUGGUCUACUUUGUGGUCUUCCCCUUUUUCUUCGUCAACAUUUUUGUGGCCUUGAUAAUCAUCACAUUCCAGGAACAGGGUGAUAAGGCCUUGUCAGAGUGCAGUCUGGAGAAGAAUGAGAGAGCCUGCAUCGACUUUGCUAUCAAUGCCAAACCACUGACCCGCUAUAUGCCACAGAACCAGCAGUCCUUUCAGUACCGCUUGUGGAAGUUUGUGGUCUCUCCACCAUUUGAGUACUCCAUCAUGAUCAUGAUUGCUCUCAACACGGUGGUGCUCAUGAUGAAGUUCCAUGAUGCACCCGACUUUUAUGACGCUAUGCUCAAGUAUCUCAACAUUGUUUUCACUGCUCUCUUUUCAAUGGAGUGUAUUCUCAAGAUAAUUGCUUUUGGCCCUUUGAAUUACCUGAAAGACGCUUGGAAUGUGUUUGACUUUGUGACUGUGCUGGGCAGCAUCACUGACAUCUUAGUCUCUGAGAUUAAAGACCGUCUGUUGAACUUGAGUUUCCUGAGGCUCUUCAGAGCAGCCAGACUCGUCAAACUCCUCCGGCAGGGAUACACCAUUCGCAUCCUGCUCUGGACAUUCGUCCAGUCUUUUAAGGCACUGCCUUAUGUUUGCCUUCUAAUCGCCAUGCUGUUUUUCAUCUACGCCAUUAUUGGAAUGCAGGUGUUUGGGAACAUUGAGUUGAACGAUGAUACUGCCAUCAAUCGUCACAACAACUUUCGCACUUUCCUCCAAGCGCUUAUGCUGUUAUUCAGGAGUGCCACUGGUGAAGCCUGGCAUGAGAUUAUGCUGUCCUGUCUGAGUGAGCGCACCUGUGAUGCAAGCUCAGGCAUUUAUGGAAAGGAGUGCGGGAGUGACUUUGCCUACUUCUACUUUGUCUCGUUCAUUUUCCUCUGUUCUUUCUUGAUGUUGAACCUGUUUGUGGCUGUCAUUAUGGACAACUUUGAAUAUCUGACACGCGACUCCUCCAUCUUGGGCCCUCACCACCUGGAUGAGUUUAUCCGGGUGUGGGCAGAGUAUGACCCAGCCGCAUGUGGCCGUAUCAAGUACCUCGAUAUGUAUGAGAUGCUGCUCCACAUGUCCCCACCAUUAGGUUUGGGAAAGCAAUGCCCUCCACGAAUCGCCUACAAGCGGCUGGUGAAAAUGAACAUGCCCAUUGCAGAUGACAACAGUGUGCACUUCACCUCCACCCUGAUGGCUCUGAUCCGCACAGCCUUGGAGAUCAAACUGGCUUCAGGCAUGGUGGCCCAACGUUUGUCAGAUGCUGAACUGAAGAAGGAGCUCGCUACAGUCUGGCCAAACCUGUCUCAGAAGACUAUGGACCUGCUGGUCACGCCGCACAAACCCAAUGAGCUUACAGUGGGGAAGGUAUAUGCGGCUCUUAUGAUUUUUGACUAUUACAAGCAAAACAGAGCCAAAAGACUUCAGAUGCAGCAACAGCAGCAGAGAGAACAGGCAGGACCUGGAUCUCAGAAUAAAGUCAGAGCUCUUCUAGAGCCUAUUCUCCCACUGACCCACAUGCAAGAUCAGGCUGUGAACAGUGUAGAUUCGGCCUCAGAGUUUCAAGCUCAGACCAGACCCAGCUCCACAAUGCUCAACAAUGGACGCACACAUCUUGAUAACACAAUAAAGGGAUCUUCAUCCUGGGCCUCGGAGAAGUCCAAGGAGGUCCCACGAUCUAAACGACGGCCAAUGUCCAGAGGUCAAUCAGAAGAUGCCUCAAAUGAAAACACUGCCCAGGAGUCAGUAGAAAUGAGGAAGAUGGAGAACAGUGCCAACACAGUGACCUCUGGCAGCCUUGAAGCCCAAGGACGUGCAGUAUCCAUGCCAAAACUCAAUGCAGAAAUGCAGAGGAGUCAUUCCCGUCAUUCUCCUGGGACUUUACUGGAAACCAUUCCCGAUUCCCCCAUGAGACGCUCUGCGUCCACUUUUGCACCACAGCGACCUCAAGAGGUGAAUCUGAAUGACUACACAUUGGCGAAACCUGUUCAAGAACGACAUCACCACCAUCACCAUCAUCACCGAUGCCAUCAUCGUAGGGACAAAGACAAGAAACAAAGAUCUCUGGACAGGUCGCCCACGGGACAACACAAAGCCACAGGCACAGCAGCUGACCCUGUAGAGGAGAGGUCACAUGACAGAGGUCGUUCCCAUGAGCGGAAGCAUCAUUCGUCUUCAGCGGAGAAGCAGCGGUAUUACUCAUGUGAUCGAUACGGCAGUCGGGAACACUGUCCCAGCAAGUCUGCCGUGGCAAGCUGUGCCACCUCGCCCAGCGAGACCCAAGAGGCCAGUCUCAACAAGCAGGGCAGUGGGUGGGCUAAGGGGAGCCCGGUGUUGUUGACCUCAGGGGCGAGCACUCCAAGCCGUGGGCGCAGACAGCUGCCCCAGACCCCCCUUACUCCUCGUCCCUCCGUGACCUACAGGACUGCCAACUCCUCCCCUGUGCAAUUUCUGGGCACACAGGCCGGCUUGCUUUCCCCGAGUCCCGGCAGGCUGAGCCGCGGUCUGUCCGAGCACAACUCCCUCUUACACAGCGGCUCCAUCUCCAGCUCCCCGGCCCCCGUCAGUCGCAUUAACUCAGAACCCUUCUUGGGGCCCCCGGACCACCCUGCCGGCCUCCAGUCUGAAGCCUUCGCCGUCUUCCAAGAGGAUCCGAGCCCCCAGACGGGCCGUUUUGCCCAGACUGUAGGGAUGCCGAUUGUGGUGAUUCCCCCACCUCCCCAACAACAGUUCCGCAGAGUUCCCAAUGGAUACCACUUCAUCACGGGCCCCGGGGCCAGCAGAGGAAGAGCAAGGCAGUACUACCCAGAGGCAGAGAUGGACGACUGGUGCUAGCAUGGCUUUAAUUUACACACACACACAGACGAUAUUUUUGUUUUCCAAUCAUGAUGAGUUUUAUCAUCUCUUAUUUUGCGGGUGGUUAUAAAUGCAGUAAUACAUGUAUUUAAUUUUUUUUUCAAUGUCCAAAGGAUAAAACAUACAUUUAUGCUUACAAAGCAGUAGAUGUGGGAUAAAAAGACUCAAACCCACCUGAGUUUGAUGUAUUUCAGUCAGGCUAAAUAGUUUAAUGGGUGUGGUCUUUUUAAAAACACUUAAGCUUGACAGUUUACGUGAAAACACAUGGGCUUUUUCUUAAUCUUUGCCUUUUUUAGGGGCAAAAGAUGCCAAAUUGUGCUUGUGUAACCUGGGAAAAGAGUGACCCCAGUGUAGACCACAACGGGCGUCUGGCCAGUUUCCCUCAAAGCCAGCCUCUGAGAUGCACCCUUAAUGCAAAUAUUCCCAUGAAAAUGAUAUCUUGGGAUUAUAGAUGUACCUUUUUAGGAGCGAAAGUUUACAGAAGUGGCUGGAAAUGCAAGAAACAUUAUUUUAUUCGGCCCUAUCUCCAUCUAAGAGAAUUCCACGUUAUUUCACUCUGUUGCGAAAGCAGAUUGUACAUUAUGCCGCUGAUGGCCAUUCCUCGCACACGUCACUAUGUGUGAAACCUUUGACAACCAUAAUGUACUUUGUUUUAUAUCAAAUUGUAGAUAUUUUAUCUAUUCAUUAUGUGCUUUUUUCUAUUGUAAAGAUGGACGGUUUUACGUAAAUCGCUUACGGCUUCACCAUACUGUCAGGUGUACCGAUUCUUCUUGACUGCUCCAGAUGUUAUUUACAAAGUGCCUAACCUUUUGAAUACAUUGUAGUAGUGAUGCAACCUCAGCCUUUUUUAGUGCAUCCACACUUGACAGAGUGAACUGAACAAGCUCUAAGGGUUAAAUGGAACUACAAGGUGUUACGAAUGCAGGCCUUAAUUCAGAAGAUACAGUACCACAUUAGGUUUUUGGAAUGGAAAUGACAGUAUGAUUGUUUUUGUUGUUGUUGUUUUUAAUUCUUGUCUCCUUUUUUGUACAAUUUUAGUACUGAAUGGAAUAUUGAAAAACUCCAUCACUAAAAACAAAUGUUAGUAUGGAGUACCUAUUAAAAAAACUGCAGUAGUUGUGUAUUUGUCCUGAUGGGGACUUAAUAACCACAGUUAUAAAAUUGCAUGUUAAAAAAAGUCUUCAAUUCUUGAUUGACCAUGGUUAAGCAACCAAUAUUUACGGUGUAUAUUUCCUGUUCUAAAGAAGAUGCUCAGACUGCAUUUCUAUUUGUCUUCUCUGUUUGAUCCUUUGUAUGGUUAGAUGAAAAACUGUCACAAAGGAGCGUGCUUUGCUUGUGAAGUAGGUUUCCUGAUGUGAGCGCGUGUUGUGUUGCGUAGCAUCAGGGUCCUGGCACCGGUACAGUAGGCCAAUCUGUGUUAGGGUUAAACUUUCCCCCUCAUGGCACUCCUCCAAGCACCCCCAGACACACAUACACACUCACAGCUUUCAUUCUGCCGCCGUUCCCCAGCUGCUGGCUGUAUAGAAAUAUGGCCGGCUCCUUUUUAUCACGCUGGUAACAUGAGAGGAAUAUUUAGCCAGAGGGUGAGGCAGUCUGAAGGAACAGAAAAAAGCCUCUGUAUUGGGACACUGUACAGACGGGGAUCAUUUCACGAGUUUCGCAUUGACAUACAUGAAUACAUUAGACGCUUGGAGAAUUGUUUGGCUAAUCAGGUAAUUCUUGGCCAAUGAUGUGUCAGGACUUUGCUGACAGUGAAUGUUCUUUCAUUUUCACAAUUUUUUUUUAUAUAUAUGUAUUUUCUUUAUGUAGGGCUAUGCAACAAGAUGACACUUUGAAAAAUAUACUUCAUUCAUUUUGUAGCUUUACCUGCUGGGAAAUCCAGAUUCAGGCUUUAGCAUGAUAGUGACCAAAUCUUCUUCUUCUUUGUUUUUUUUUUAAUUAAAAAA